AUGGAAUCCCAGACAAGUGCCGCCGCACCUGCCUCGGCAAAGGCUGCAAAUGUUCAAGGUGGGGCUGGUGAGUUCACUUUCCCGCCUUUGCCGCCUCUAGUGGUCAGAGACUUCACAGGUGAGGUGCCAUUACCACAGGAUUUCCCAGGCUUUGGCGAAUCGUCGGACGGCAGCUUCAGUCGAGUUAGCCUAGGUUGCGAGCGUGUCGGGAACGACCUACACCUCACUCAGCUUGAAUUCCCGGAAGACUGGGAAGAGGACCCGUCACAGGUCCCCGAUGCUUGGACGCCUCCUGGUGUGGAGACCUUGGAGCGAGCCGAUAGGGAUGUGGCCGGUCUGAUGCGAGACAUUUUCGGAAGCGACGAUUCUCAUGUAGGGCACAUGGAAUCGGGGACAGCCUCGAAUGCACCCCGACAGCAGUCGGUUUCUUCGGUCCCUGUUCUUGACCAAGCUGCGUCGUUGGCCCAUGCAGAUGCCUCUGCUGAAGGGCUUAGCUUGGAAGCCCCCGGGGCAUUCGCUUCGACCGCGGGUGUCGUAGAUGAUGCUUUGGGUUCCUUUGUAGGAGGGCUUGUUAAGCAGGAUGUUGCUAGAUUCGGCAAACUUGAUGACGGUCUUAGGCUUCCGUGGGAGAGUGAGUUCUCCAAGCUGCUUUUCGACCCAGACUGUGUGUGGGACCCUUUGCAAGGUCGCAAGCAGGGGUCGAUCUUCCCGCCGAUCACACACAAUGCCCAGGCAGCCCGCAAACCUGAAGCCGGGUCCAAGGAUGCUCCGUCGGGUUCGAUUUUCGCCUGGGCCAUUGCGUUGGGUUCUGCAGCUCGCGAUCCCGCCGCGGAGCGAGAGCGUAAGAGGGAGCAAGGUAUCGGCAUGUGGAGUAGACUUGUGCUGAGGUACUCUGAGUGCUGCUCUCUUUUCGAGUGUGUCUGUCAGGGAAUGAGAAACAGAGAAGCGGGCUACGAGGACGUUGUACUGGCUGUUUCAGCUGCUGUGGGAGUGAAAUCACCGCACACCAUACACAAACGAGCUGCAUCCUUUUGGACCUUCGUUCGAUGGCUAGAUGUCCACGAGCCCUUAGCCCCGAGCGGGCUGCAUGAGGUGCAGGUGUGGAAUUUUGUGCAAUUCCUCAAGGAAACUUCUGCGCCGGCCUCCAAGGCUGCUUCUGUCCUGAGUGCUUUCAGGUUUGCUCACUUUGUGCUGGGGUUCCGUUUGUCGGGCAUAGUUGAUUCUAGGAGGAUUGCCGGAGCCACUGAGCAGCAGCUUGUGAACGUGCGCAAACUCCGCCAGGCUAAAGAUCUUACGGUCUCGCAGGUACUCGAGUUGCACGCAAGGUUGGAGUCGGGAGCCUUGCACUGCUUUGACCGCGUACUCCUCGCUUCUCUGCUGAUUAGGCUGUAUGCUAGGGCUCGCCCGAGCGAUUUCCUUUUCGUUGAGUCGGUCGAGGUUGACUGCCCGCCUGGAGCCGACUACCCGUUGUUAGUGUUCGAAGUUUCCCAGCACAAGGGGGCCAGGAAGGUGCAGCUUAAGACCAAGCUGCUGCCGAUCCUAGUUCCCAUGAUCGGGGUCCACGGAAAGUGCUGGAUUGAUGAAGCCUUGAGUGCUUUCCGGAAGGCGGGGAGAAGCUUGACUUCGGUUCGGGGUCCUCUGACCUUGGCGCCUGCCGAUGAAUCAGGGGUCGUCUCUUCGAGGAGGUCCAUCGCUUCCUCCGAAGUGGGCAAGAUGUUGCGAGCUUUCCUAGGUUUGCCUGAGGAGGUCACCGAUCCUUCGGCCCCCAGGGUCACUGCAUACUCGUUGCGAGGCACUUGCUUGGGAUGGGGAGGUAAGUUCGGGUUUGACGAGGACCUGAAAAGCAUCUUGGGGAGACAUGCGUCCUCGGUCAAGACUACGCAAGCCAUCUACAGCAGAGAACUGUCAGCUGCACCGGUCAGACGGCUUCAGGACAUGAUCAGAGAAGUUGCAGCCGGAAACUUCUUCCCUGAUAACAGUCGCUCGAGUUACUUCCCGAGGCGAGCAGUUGGUAACGAGGAGGUCACGAUCCGGGGCUCCGACAAAGGAUCAGAGAAGCUCAAUCCAGUCAAGGUUGAGGUGGUCAGCAGUGACGAGUCCGAGGCAGGGAACUCUGUUUCCUCGGACAAUGAGUGCAGCGAUUCCUCUCAGUCAUCGCAGUCUUCCUCCUCGUCGUCUGCGAGCGAGGCGGUUCAGCCUGCUGUUCGUAGGUGGAAGCGAGCUAAAGUCGAGGAGCCAGACCAGGUGUGGUAUGUGAACACUUCGAGUGGGGUCUUGCAUCUGCUUGCCAGCCCCGAUGAUGUUCCGAUGCUGCUCGCAUGUGGGCGACCCGUAAGUGGGAACUAUCGUGAAGCGACGAGGAUCGAAGUCAGUCGUGGCAAAGAGUGCCGGACCUGCCGGCGCAAUGUUGGCCUCAGUCGCGAAAGCCUCAGGGCGCUCGCGGACCAUGGGAUCGAUACUUUGAGCAAGCUGGCUUAUUCCUGUGGCCAGCCGGGCACGCCGCUGCCUCAAUCUGAGUUCGAUGAUUUCAUUUCCACGGUCAUGCCAGCGGCACUCUUGGGUGAGAAAGGAAGCGUGAAGCGGCUUCUCUUCGAGAGUCAAGCACUCCUGCUUAAUGAUCUCAGGGAACAGGUGACCCAGCCCGAUAAGUGGUCUACGCGAGACGUUCCGACGGUCGAACGUCAGAAGAGGAUGGAGGCCGUGCGAGCCAGCAUACCGGGUGUUGUGCUUGAGGGGUCCCUGGAGCCCUCCCAUGGUCUCUUGAAUGCAGCUUGUCGAAUGGAAAGAGAGGGGCAGCUUCGCUACAUAGCCCCCGAGCAGUGCGGCACUCGCAUGUAUGAGAUCCAGAAUGUUAAGGCCCAGAGUAAAACCCUGUCAUUGGAGGAGGGCAAGUUGGCGAUUUCUGAGGAGAAAGGGUUGCCAGAAGUAGCCUGCGGGUCAGCCUUGUUAUUGCAAGAGGCUUUGAAACGCCGAGGUGUGGCUCUCCAGUUCGCCGGUGUAGCCAGUUACGUGGCACAUGAAAGGUAUGUCCUCAAACUCUUUGGGCAUAUGGGGCGAGAGCCCCCGCCAGGCUAUGCAAGGACUAGUGUACACCAACUCCUUACGGCAGAUAGGCAGGUCUGGACGCGAAUGAUCGAAAACGAAAUCAGUCCGAAAAGGAGUGCAGAUGGGACAUACCCUGUUGAUCGGGCUCUGCUCUCCACACUUGAGACCUUUGACGUAACUGUAGCCCUCCUUCCGCGAAAGUCCGAGGAAAGCAAGAAGAGGGUCGCCACGCCGCACAAGCCCGGGGUUGAGCGAGACACUAAAAUUACGAAGCCCCCCAAGGGCAAAGGUAAAGGCAAGAAGGGCACAUGGCAGCCCAGUGUGCCGGAAGCCAUCCGUAAACUGGGUGGAGUUGCAGAGACUCCCGACAAGAAGCGCAUUUGCUUCUCCAGGCCGCUGUUACACCAGUCGCAUCGACCUCCGCUGGAGGUCAUGAUUCACCGUAAGCUUGCCGAUGUUUUGCAAUUGAUCACUAUGCUUGAGAGCGAGACCCCGGCGAGGGGACAAGAAGCGCCAAACACUUUCUCCUGGACUUCGGGAGCAUAUGCCAAAGGUGGAGAGGUCUGGCAAAAAGGGCCCGGCAACGACGUCGUGCAGGUCCAUCUCAACAUGCCUACAGGCCGAUCUGGCCACGCCCAAAGGACAGGACUUGUGCAUGGAGUGGAUAUGAUAUCGUCACCUAGGUUAGCCGGCCUUUUUGUGACUCCGCCUGCUCACUUGGGCAGUGCUUUGGACCAAUUCUUGGCAGCAGCCUUGUUACAUGUCCUCGGCCGAGGGGCGGUCUGUGUUUUGGCCCAGUCGGGCGAUGGGCCGUUCUGGACGUCCGACUGCUGGAGCAAGGUCUCUUCGCAUUUUACUUUUGUGUCGUGCCACGACUGCGCAUACGAAGGAAACCACCUGAGCACUACCAUCUUUGCUGUCACCGAUCGCUCAUUUUCGAAGCUUGCUCGAUUUUGCUCGGGCAACUCGUGCCGCCAGGACCGUCUGCCUGAGUCCAAAUUGCAUGGCGCCCAUCCGGUGCGUCUUGCCAUGCAGAUAGCUUGCUGUUUUGCUCAACACUUCGUGCAAAAGGGCUGGCAAUCGCCCCCGCAAACUUUUGAUGCUUUUGAUCCUCGCUUGGAAGUUCCUAUGUCUCGUGCUUUGGCUGGUGCCCAACCUCGGGCCAGCAAGAUACCGCCACUAGUUAGUGAGCAUCAGCGGGUCCUAGUCUUGCAGCACCCUCCGGGGCUCGUGCUGCCGUGUCAGCCGAUGCAACGACUCCGAAACCCGUGGCCCGUGCCGCCACAGUGUGGUGCCACCCUGGCACACAUCCCGGCAAAAGCUCAGCUGCUCCGGCACGUGCCAAUAGUGCAAGCUGGGGGUAAAGAACUGGUGAAAGUUGAUUCUUGGGAGAUGGCUUGGGGGUUACCCUGGGAGCCUGAGGAGUUCAUGCAGAAGGCGUCCGAAUCAUGUCACCCAAGGUCGAUGGGCUCGGUGCUCCCGGCCCCCUUGAAUGAUACUCUUGAAUCCUUGGAUAAGUUGGGAGACGCCGAAGUUUCCGCUUUGAGGGCUAGGGUAAUCAAGGAGUGGUUGCACUUGGCGACUUCGUUGUCCUCCAAUGAGGCGGAGCUGAAGGCCAGCAUGCACCCCGAUGUCCGUGAGAUUACAGCAUCCAAACGCAUCCUCUUGUGGGAAGCUUUGCUUAAGAAAUACGAUUACCCAGACCAGUGUGUGUCGAGCCUUCUCAAGGAAGGCGUCCCGUUGGUGGGGCAUGACCCCGCCUUAGCAGCAGAAGUUUGCUCCAAGACCGAUAAGGAGCGCGAAGCAGGUUGGAUCGUUGGUCCCUUGUGCGAGUCCAGCUUGUGUGAUGGGAUCUUGGUUAGCCGUCGGUUCGGAAUCCAGCAAGGCCAGAAGGUAAGGUGCAUCGACAAUUUGACUUCUUCGGGGGUGAACCUUGCGGUGCAGGCCUAUGAGGCUCCGCAGCCUCAGUCUACAGACGUGGUUGCAUCCACCUGUCUUCGACUGCUGAAAUCCAUCAAAAAGAGAGCAGGCAAGGUCUUGUUCAAAAUCUUGGGCAAGGCGUUUGAUCUCACUGCAGCUUACCGGCAGAUGCCAGUCCACCCAGACACAGCCUGGGCAGCGUACGUUUGCUUCGUGCAUCCAGACACGAACGAGCGAGUGUACUUUCGGAUGAAGGCCAUGCCAUUUGGAUCGGCAAUGGCAGUCUACGCUUUCCUUAGGAUUAGUCAUUCCUUGUGGUUUCUCGGUGCAAAGGCAUUGCUUUUGCCUUGGUCGUCGUUUUUCGAUGACUUUGUCACUUUUGCGACGACGGGGUGCUCUGCGUCGGCAGAGGCGGCAGUAACGUCAAUGUUCAAACUCCUAGGUUGGGCGUUCGCCGAGUCCGGCGAAAAGGCAAAUGACUUUUCCGAGUGCUUCCAGGCGCUUGGAAUCAUGGUGGACCUUCGUGCAUGCCUUGAUGGCACCAUAAGCUUCAAGAACACUGCAAAGCGGGUCUCCGAGAUCAGGGCGUUCGUGGGCAAGGUGCUUGAGUCAGGUAGGUUGCCACAUCACGAGGCUCUAAGGCUCAGGGGUAGGUGCCAGUUCGCCGAUUCGCAAAUCUUCGGUCGUACUGGGAAGAAGUGCUUGGGCCUGAUCACUGCUCAUGCUUACGGCUUUGACGAUGUAAUCAGUCGCGAACUCAGGGCAUCGCUCGAGAAGUUCCUGCUCAGGCUCGAGGUCGGGGCCCCGCGCUUGAUCAAGAUCCUUGAGGGCGGAUCAUGGCAUGUGUACACAGAUGCUUCGUAUGAGCCAGGGGCAGGGCAUAGUUUCUGCGGCCUAGGAGGGGUGCUGGUUGAUCCUACUGGUGUUCCACGAAAAUUCUUUUCACUUGUUUUGAGCGAUGCACAGAAAAACUUUCUUGGCGAGCAGAAUUCUGCACAGAUCAUCUUCCAGGCUGAAAUGCUAGCAAUGGCAGUGGCACUGGACGUAUGGUUGCAGGACUUGAUGGGGCACACGGCAAUCUUCUUUGUGGACAAUAACGGUGUGCGUGACGCAGCUAUCUCUGCGAAUGCCAGAGCUUCAGUCGCGAGACGGUUGUUGGAGGCGUUUCUGCAGAAGGAACAUAACUCCUCAAUCAUUCCGUGGUUCGCAAGGGUACCAUCCCCAUCGAACCCUGCAGACGAACCUUCAAGGGUUGAGCUUGACAGCUUGAGCUUGCUGGGGGUUCAACUCCUUCGUUCGAAUGUGACUCAAAGAGUCGACUCUUGCUUGAAGGAUGUUCAGGGACUUAGGUAA